AUGCGCUCAAGCGACGGUGUGGAUGACGGCGUGCAGGAGUCCGUACAGGAGGGCUUCGACCAGGGCUACGCGGUGGGGGCGGCCGUGGGGUGGGAGGUUGGGUCGCUGUACGGCGCAGCCGCCGCUGCGGAAGCAGCCCUCAAGCAGGCCGCUCGCGGGGGGCAAUCCACGGAGAAGGAAGCGGGGACGAUAGGAGGGCUACGACUCGAAACGGCGGCAGGAAGUAGCACGUCUGGAGCUGCGUUUAGUGCAGCAUCCCUAGGUUCUGCGGGUGCUAGUGAGAUUGCUGUAUCGCGACCAGUGGCGAGCGGUAGAAAUACUAAGACUUUCCCAGCCGUGGGAACGGCGGAGGAUUUGCAGCGGUUGGUGGGGGAACUUCGACGGGCAAGUCUGUUGGGGCCGGAUGGACCGGGCGUGCCCGACAGGGCGGAAGUUCUACGGAGACUUCGACUCGUCGGCCCCGCCGGAGUAGCUGUUGCUGAUGGCUUGGACGAGUAGAAAAUUUUGAAGCAGCGGUUGUUCACGUGAGGGAGUUUAACGUUCACCGUUCGAAGAUUUUCCUCGAUGUACAU